AUGUUAUUGCUGUGUUGUAUUGCCGACUUGAACUAUUGGGUCUUUGAUAAUCUUGUGCAUUUUGUAAGUUAUUUGUGGAAAUUGUAAGAUAAAACUAGAGGUAGAAACUAUGGCAGAAGACUGGGUUCCGUGAGGCUAGGGCACUGAGCUUAAGGCUCUGGGACUAAAGAGGAGGAAAGAAACUGUAGUAUCAGGACUAAGUUAGGACUGCAACAGGAUCAAAUCGGAUUACGAUACAAAUAAUAUAAAGCCAAGAUAAAUUUUUUACUGUGACAUGUACAGUAGAGUAGGGUAGGGUAGGGUACGGUAGGGUAAGGUAGGGAAGGGCAGGGCAGGGUAGGGUAGGGUAGGGUAGGGUAGGGUAGGGUAGGGUAGGGUAGGGUAGGGUAGGGUAGGGUAGAAUAGGGUAGGGUAUGGUAAGGUAGGGUAGGGUAGGGUAGGGUAGGGUAGGGUAGGGUAGGGUAGGGUAGGGUAGGGUACUGAACCUAAUUUUGAAUAAUUUUAGAAAAGCACAGAGAACGAUGGAGUAUUCAUGAUUCAACUUGAAGGUAUAGGCGGCUAUUUGAAUCGCGAAUAUCAAAUUUACAUUGUGUCAAUGUACGUCUUUGGAAUCAUAUUGAGCCAUACGGUACUACCAGCUCAAGCAUAUUUCCGUUACAGCGUGUUGAGAAAGUAAGAGCUUAUUUUUUAAUGUAAAAUAUGACCGUUGAGAUUGCAGGGUAAAAAAUGUUUUGAAUGGGUAGGGCAGGGUAUAAACUUUUUUUAUUUUUAGAAUAAAAAAAUUUUUGUUUAAAAUUUUUAGUGGUCGUGCCUUGUCGAAUAUCAAAACCAUGAAACUCUUUGCUUUUGCUGUGUUGGCAGCUGCACCCAUUACUUACCUUACUGCUAUGAGCUACUUCUAUUCGCCUACUACUCGUCUUGGACUUAAUUAUGGUAAACUUUGGUAUAAAGUAGUCCCGAUACCUAUCGUUUUGUAUGGUGAUAUCGUAAGUUGA